GCCGGAGGCUGGACGGGGCGGGGUUUCCCUUUGCAGGUCACGAUGUGGUGAAGGGGUGGAGGGAAGAUGUCGGAGUCGCCCGACACACACAGUCUGGUGUCAGCGUCGUCGCAGAUCAACCUGAGCGAUGGCGACGGGCAGAUCGAUGAUAAAGAAUUUGAUAUUCCUCAAGUGGAUACACCACCUACCUUGGAGAGCAUACUGAAUGAGACAGAAGAUGAAGAUGAAUCAUUUAUAUUGGAGGACCCAACUCUUUUGAAUACAGAUAACAUUGAUGCACACUCUGGUGAAACUUCUUCUCUUGCUAGUUCUGACAGUGGCGACAGGACAAACCUAAAACGAAGAAAAAAAGUUUCAGACAUCAGCUCAUGCAUUCAUGGUUCAGUUGUUCGGCGAUCAGUCCUUAAAGGAGUUUCUGCACAAGUUGUUUCUGCAGCAGAUAGAAUUGACGCAGGAUUACCCACUGCUGUUGUUGUUUCAAGCCUAAUAGCAGUGGGAACAUCACAUGGAUUGGCACUUGUAUUUGGUAAGGUAGAAAUACAGACUCCCCAAUUGUUUUUGCUCAUUGUAUCAAAUUCUAAUGAUAUUGUAGAAUUUAAAUGAAGAUUUCUCCAUGAAUUUGCAAAUAUUUUCAGUUGAUCAAAUUUGUGAAAUUGCAUUUAAGACUUUAUGUUUGAAUUUUUCUAUAUGUAAAUAUUUGUCUUCAAAAUUGUUCAUGUCUACAAAGAAUAUUGAAAAAUAAUAAUUUUGAAAUUGGAUUAUUCUACCAAAUUGGUGUGAUAAUAUUGAAAAUUAUGGGUCUUGAACCCAUCAUGUUCAGCUAAGUGAAAUAAAUAGGAAAUAUUCGGUUGCGGUUUUAAUCAUUACUAACAUGCAGCCAAAAAGUGAUACAGCAUGGAAGCAGACCCUUUGGCCCAACUCCUCCAUAUUGACCUUUUUCCUGAGCUAGUUCCAUUUGCCAGUAUACCUUUAGUCUUUAGUUUAGAGAUACAACGUGGAAACAGUCCCUUCGGCCAUCCAAGUCCACGCCGACCAGCGAUCAACAGGUACUCUACCCUAUACAUAUUAUAAUUUUUUUUUUACAAUUAACCUGUAUGCCUUUAGAUUGUGUGAGGAAACCAGAGCACCUGAAAAACCCCACGUAUUCACAGGGAGAAUGUGCAAACUCCAUACAGACAGCAUUGAUAGAGAAGAUCGACCUGGAACUAUGCCGCCCCUAGACCUCUAUACCUUUCCUAUCCAUGUACAUGUCCUAGUGUCCUUUAAGUAUUGUAAUUAUACCUGCCUCUACAUCUGCCUCUGACAUCUCAUUGCACAUACUUACCACUUUCUGUGUGGAACAUCUUGUCAUUUAGGUCUCCUUUAAAUCUUUUUCCUCCCUCCUGCAACCUAUUCCCUUAACCUGAGAAAAAGACUAUAUCAAUCUAUCCUUAUCUAUGCUCCUUAUGAUUUUAUAAACUUCUAUAAGAUGAUCCCUCAGCCUCCUUUGCUCCAUGAAAAAAACACUCAUCUUAUCCAAUUUCUAUAACUCCAGUCCAGGCACGUGCCGUGAGUAAUUACUCAGGGUAGGCAUUUAGCCGGCUUUAAAAAAAAUCUUAAACCGCUCAUGCGCAGAUUGUUCUCUCCGAAAAAAAAAAAAAAGUAACAAUUCAAUUUUCCCAAGGCUUCUAAAUAUCCUUCAUUUUUUAAUUACUGAAUGGGUGGGGGACGGAGGAUGAAGGCAGGUGGAGAGAUGGUGGGAAAAACGGGAGCACACCGGGACGUUGAAUCAGUUGUCAUCUUAUUGAAUGACAAUAUUAAUUCAAGGGGUCCA